GUCCCAGUCCGAAGUCCGCAGAACCGUUUAAGCGCUGCCUUUGCUAAGGAACCCGCGAAGAACCGUCUUUUCGAGCGUAGAUGACAGUUUCCACUGGAAGCGAACGAGUGCGGCGGCCAAUCAGAGACCAAGGGAACCGUGACGUGCGGGGACGUUCUGGGCCAAUCGUCUGGCUGGGUUUCGGCACGUGCCAGUUUUCGCGGCAAAAAAGAUUUGGCGCGUAAAAAGCUGGAGCCGAUCAGCUGAGACAAAAAAAAACAACAACAGCGAAAACGACAGCAGCAACAAAGAAGGUCAUUUCGGGGAGCGGACGGCGACCGAGCGGCCAACCUGCGGGCAGAGCGGCUCUCAGAGCGACAGCUGGAGGCUUUAUUUCGGAGACGAGCGGCUGGAUGGCGGGAUUAUUGUGCUGCUGAACAGAGAAGCUUCCUGACUGAGUUUGUUUUGUUUUGUUUUGGUUUUUUUUUCGCUCGCGGGGCUGAAAGAGAAACUAACGGCCGCCAGAAGAUGAAACUUUUCUUCUUUCCUUCACUCAGGCGUCCGUUCAUUCUGCUCCUAAUAGCGCCUUCCGAGGGAAAAGUUUGGUGGAAAUGUGCCGAAGUUUGACUGAGUGUGAAACCUUUGGCCUGAGUGGGGCUCCUUUAUCAGCUAGCCGUGCAGCUAAGCUAGGCUGCCUGGAGCUGCGGUGAGGGCCUAAAGCUGGAACAAGGCUCGCCCGGGCCGGUAAUGCGGACAAGCCUUACUGGUCUGUUUAUAUUUCAUAACUUCUAGGCUUCUGUGGCGCGUGUUUGGAGGAGUUUGCCUUCAGCCGCGGCUCUGUCCGCUGUGCGCUCAGCCGCUGUUUGCCCAAACAAAAGGCUGCUCUGGGUUAUAAGUGCAGUUUUCAGGAUUGCGAUCCCGCUUUAACGUGUAUAGCAGCGCACGACGGGCUCUUAGCCGCUUAGCGGAUUCCCCCGCUGUCCUCUCGCAGGAAGCGCUGUAGUUCUGUGGUCUGGGCUGUUUGCGCUCCGUGACCCAGUUAGGUUAGCCAGGUUAGCUUGGGGAGCUCAGCUGGUCCAGUAACUUCACAUGAAUGAAGGAGCCCCGUGUCGGCGCGCUGGUCUCCUCCGGGACGUUUCUCUGUUAAGCGCUGUUAGCUGCUCCCGUCUCAGUGGUUUGCCCGUGUGAGAAUGGCCGAGGACGGCGUUCUCACUUCCUUCAGCGCGUUUUCGCCCGCAGCAGCUCGGCGAAGCCUCGUCUGAGCGAGUUGGACAGAAACACCCCGCGCUUAUCAACACGCAGCCCCCCUUUAAUGCCAGCAUGGCAGAGACCUUCAUAUCGGGCCACACGUCCGAGGACCUGCUGGCCGACUUCGAGUCGCUGCUGAACAGCGGCAGCAUCGACCUGAGCGCCGAGCACCAGAUUGUGAUCAUCUCCACCCCCAGCAGUGUGGACCUCCACCCUGCCGCGGCCCACCCUGCCGGCGGGGACAUCCUGCUGUUCGCCACGCCGAGCACCACCCCUGCCCCCGUGCAGGAGACCCGCAGACCCGCGCUGGGACGACCACCGGUGAAGAGGAAGUUGGAUUUAGACAGCGAUCACCAGUACCUGAGCAGUAACGGACCACCCUCCCAAACUCCAGCCCCCCCAGCCACACCUGCUCCCAGAGAGAAGUCUCGCUAUGACACGUCACUCAAUCUCACCACCAAGCGCUUUCUGGACCUGCUGGCCCAGUCUUCUGACGGGGUGGUGGACCUGAACUGGGCUUCGCAAGUACUGGAAGUCCAGAAACGUCGUAUCUAUGACAUCACUAACGUCCUGGAGGGCAUCCACCUGAUCUCCAAGAAGUCAAAGAACCACAUUCAGUGGCUUGGGAACCGUAUUGACGGCGCGUCGGUGGCGCGGAAUCAGGAGCUGCAGAGGGAAGUGUCUGAACUGUCUGAGGCUGAAGAUAAACUGGAUGAACUCAUCAGCAAGUGCAACCUGCAGCUCAGGCUCCUCACUGAGGACUCCAACAACAAGAAGCUGGGCUACGUGAGGUGUCAGGACCUGCGGAACACGGUGGACCCUCCGGAUCAAAUCGUCAUGGUGAUCAGGGCCCCUCCGGAGACGCAGAUGACCGUCUCAGAGCCCAGUCAGGGCUAUCAGAUCUCGCUGAAAAGCGCCAAUGGCCCCAUCGAUGUCUUCCUGUGUCCAGAAGACAGCUCUGGGGUUUGUAGUCCUGUAACAGAUUGUAGUCCUGCCAAGUCGUCCAGUCACAGCCCUCUUCAGACUACCUCAACCGGACAGGAAGCAGCGUCAACUCCAUCGACUCUUCCAAGUGCCUCGCCGCUUCCUCUGGGUAACGAGUCUGAGUCGUUCCUGGACACGUUUUCUGAUAUUUGUGAGAUGCCUGAUUUCGAUCUCCCUGUGCUGGGCUCGUCGGACUUCCUGCUGGAGCGCCCCGUCUCCAGCGGUGCGGUCGGGGAAGCUUUCGGCCUGCCGAUAGACAGCUUCAUCAGCUUAUCUCCGCCCCACAGCCCCGACUACCACUUCGGGUUAGAGGAGCACGAGGGCAUCAGCGAACUGUUUGACUGCGACUUCACUGACCUGGGCCCGCUGGAAUUCUGAGAGAAGGAGCGAGAAGGGCCGAAAGAGAGAGAUGGUGCAGAUAAACUGUGGCUUUGUUGUGCGCUAGAGUGCACUUGCUCUCUUUACUUAAGCACUUGCGUCCUUGUGGAUGCCUCAGGCGCUCUGUACAAGUAGGGCUGCACCAUAUAGAUGAGAUUCUGUAUUGCGAUUAUAUCACGAUCAUGAUGUAACAUGAGCAAAAGGAUUUGCACUUGAUUUAUCACAUGAAUACAUACCGUUCAUCAAUAUACACACAGUAGAUCAUAGGGCGGAAUGGUUUAUCGUUUUUAUGUCAAAAUCACAAUUUGAAAGUGCAGUUUUUCAAAUUUUCAUGAGCUGCAGUU